AUGUCGUCUACCGGUUACCAGCAACGUCACAACACAAGCAACAAUACCAAUCCUGACUCAUCAUCAUCAGCUUUGGUCUCUGAUUCAGAUUAUGAUGUCAAUGAUUCCACAUCUUCUGCUUCUUCCCAACCUGGCCCACCGUUGAGGAGAUCUUCAUCAUUGUUUUCCCUCUCUUCAAAAGAAGAUAUUCCUAAACCAGAACAAACCGAGUACUUGAAGUUCAUCAACGACAAUAGACAUUUCAGUUUGAUUAGAAACUUACACAUGGCAGAUUUCAUCACGUUGUUGAAUGGUUUCAGUGGUUUUUACGCUAUAAUAUCCUGUUUACGAUACUCAUUAACUGGCAAAUCAAACUAUGUGCAAAGAGCCCACUUCUUUAUAGUUUUGGGUUUGUUUUUUGAUUUCUUUGAUGGUAGAGUUGCUAGAUUAAGAAACAAGUCAUCAUUAAUGGGACAAGAAUUGGAUUCAUUGGCUGAUUUGGUAAGUUUUGGUGUAUCGCCUGCAACAAUUGCUUUUGCUAUUGGAUUCCAAUCGACUAUCGAUGUUUUGUUGUUGGCAUUUUGGGUCUUGUGUGGAUUGACAAGAUUGGCUAGGUUCAACAUUUCCGUGAAUAAUAUCCCCAAAGACAAGACGGGUAAAUCACAAUAUUUUGAAGGUUUGCCUAUCCCAAGUAACUUGUUUUGGGUAGCGUUGAUGGCUUUGUUGGUUUAUAAGGAUUGGAUUCACGAGCAAUUGCCAUUGGGUGUUGUUUUUGCCAAUACUCCGUAUGAGUUUCAUUUGUUGGCCUUGGGAUUUGUGUUGCAAGGAUGCGCCAACAUUUCCAAGUCGUUAAAGAUCCCUAAACCAUAA